AUGUCUGACAACGAGCAUGCUGUGCUUACGCUGAGAAAUCUUAUAUUUGACAUCUGCAACCAGAAUGGUGGAGGUCACGGCGGAUCUGCCAUAGGAAUGGCAGCUAUUGGUGUGGCCCUCUGGAAGCACAUCAUGCGAUACAAUCCUUCGAAUCCUGACUGGUUCGACAGGGACCGAUUUGUGCUCUCCAACGGGCACUGUGCGAUGUUCUUAUACGUGCUCAACUAUUUAACUGGGUACGAGGCCUGGACAAUGAACGAGCUCAAAGGGUAUGGUAGCGCAAAGGAAAAUGGCUACACCACGCUUGCCCACGGUCUUCCGGAAAUCGAGUGCCCCGACGUUGAAGUUACUACUGGGCCCCUUGGUCAAGGGAUUGCCAAUGCGGUUGGUCUUGCCAUUGCUUCUAAGAACCUGGCAGCGCGGUACAAUCGACCGGGCUACGAUAUUGUGAGCUCAAGGAUCUAUUGUAUGACUGGAGAUGGUUGUCUUAUGGAAGGCGUUGCACUUGAAGCCAUCGCCCUUGCCGGCCAUCUGAAACUGGACAAUCUCGUGCUGAUCUACGAUAAUAACGGCGUCACGUGUGACGGCCCACUCUCGUGGAUCAGUAGUGAGGAUAUUAAUGGAAAAAUGCGGGCCUCCGGAUGGCACGUCCUCGAUGUCCUAGAUGGAUGUCACAAUGUUGGAGCCAUCUGUUCUGCAUUAAAUCAUGCCAAGUCCCUGACGGGGAAGCCAACUUUCAUUAACAUCCGCACUGUUAUUGGAGUUGGCACCAAUACGGCAGGAACCGCUAAGGCACACCAUGGAGCAUUCGACGCUGAGAGUGUAGCUAGAUCCAAGAUUGCAGCCGGCCAAGAUCCUUCUUUGACCCACAGUCCAUCCAAGCGAGGCCUCGAUUUCUUCCGUGAACGGAAGGAGCAGGGCGAAGUCUUGGAGAAAGAAUGGCAGGAUUUGUUGCUGAGGUACACUAUGGAAUACCCGGAGAAGGCAAGUGAUUUUGCCUUUAGGUCUCGGGGAGGGAAGCCAGACCUUAGAUCACUGUUCCAAAGCCUGGAUAGUAAACAGCUCCUUGGAAUGCCAACCAGAGAGUCCAAUGGUUUAAUUCUACAGAAGAUUUGGGAGGCAUAUCCCUCGCUGUGUGGUGGAGGUGCAGAUCUCGUCAACUCCAACAAAUUUCUCUACUCGGACAACGAUGUGUUCCAUCCGUCUGUGAGCUACAGGGGACGUUACAUCAGGUAUGGAAGAAGGGAGCAUGCAAUGGCAGCUAUUUCAAAUGGACUUGCGGCUUUCCAUCCUGGGACCUUCUUACCGGUGACUGCGACAUUCCUGAUGUUCUACAUUUACGCAGUCCCCGGUGUACGCAUGGGUGCUCUUAGCCACCUUCCGGUGAUCCAUGUUGCAACUCACGACUCAUUUGCUCAGGGCCAGAAUGGACCAACCCAUCAGCCCGUCGAGCUUGAUUCUCUGUACCGUGCUAUGCCAAACCUCACAUACAUAAGGCCGUGUGAUGCCGAAGAGGUGGUCGGUGCUUGGAUGUGGGCAACGGCCUCAACUGAUGGUCCGACUAUGAUUUCUGUGGCCCGUGACCCUGUUGACCAUGUGUCCGGGACUAGCCGGUCUGGCGUGCUGAAAGGAGCGUACGUGCUUGAAGGUGAUACCAACGCGGAUGUGACAUUGGUCAGCUGCGGUUCAAGUUUACACCACACCAUACGCGCCGCACAACAAUUACGCGGAGAAUAUUUCAUCCAUUGUCGGAUUGUUAGUUGUCCAAGCUUUGAUCUUUUUGAUCAACAAAGUGAAGAAUAUCGGCAGUCAGUUUUCCCAAUGGAUGGAAAGCCUAUCAUUAGCGUCGAAGAAUACGUGGCUACAACCUGGGCCCGUUAUGUCACCGCCAGCAUCGGCAUGAAAUCCUACGGUUAUUCCGCAUCAAACGCUAGCAAUUACGAGCGAUUUCGACUGGACCCGCAGGGAAUCAGUUCCCGGGUCAAACAGUACCUCGCAUUCCUGGACGCCCGCGACGCAAGACAAUUGGGUUGGCGAUCUAUCUAA